AUGGCAAACUCACCACGAAAAGAAGUGAAUGAAGAAAAAAAUGAUGUCCAAUUUAUUCUUAACGACAUCGGUGGUGCAUUUGGUAAAUUUCAAAUCUAUAACUAUUUAAUGUGCAAAAUAAGCGAAUGUGAUCAAUCAGAAAAAUUAACGUUUCAACCCGAUUGGUUAUUAUGCUCGACACCAUUUAAAAAUGGACAUCCGGAUAGUUGUCAUCGAUAUGGAACCGUUUAUGAUAAAGACCCAAAUGGCAGCAGUUGUGAUGUCAAUUCAUUCAAUCGCUCGAUCAUUACGAAUUGUGCCAACGGAUCGAUGAUAUUCAGCACUGAUGAACUUUCCAUUGUCAAUGAGUUUAAUUUGUUUUGUGAUGAAAAUCGAUGGGAAAUCGCAAUGGUCGGAACUUUUAGUUCAGUGGGAAGACUUAUCUUCUUGCCGAUUAUAGGAUAUCUUAGCGACCGAAUUGGACGAAAAUAUGCACUUAUUUCUUCAACACUAGUCAGCUCCGUUGUAAAAGUGCUUAAAAGUUUUUCCCUUAGCUACAAUUUAUUUGUGGUUCUGGAAAUGUUGAACGCCGGUAUUAAUGGCGCCAUUUACCCAACUGCGCUAAUUUGUGGAAUGAAGUAUGCAACAACUGAAUACAGCACUCUUGUGAAUUGUCUUAUUUUUUUUUUAUCCGCUCGGUCAAAUUGUCACCGCACUGAUCGCUUCAUAUCUCCAUGAUUACAAAUGGUUACUUCGUGUAAUAAGUGCUUUUGGUUUUGUAACAUUCCCGUAUAUCUGGAUACUGCCCGAAAGUUUGCGAUGGUUAAUGGCAAAUCGAAAAUAUGAUCGAACCAUCAAAACGAUCUAGCAUGCGGCUAAAGUGAAUGGUGUAACUGUUUCACCAGAGACAUAUCAAAUAGUCGCAAUGAAAUGUGAAAACGAAAAUGAUGAUGAAGCAACAAAUUCAGAUAGUUCCGGAUCGUUCAUCGAUAUCAUUUCGAGUUUUAGUUUGCUUACAUGUCUAAUUAUACUUGCAUGUCUUUGGAUUUGUUGUGUUUUUGUAACAUACGGUGUAUCGAUUAUUUCGGUUUCCAUGCAAAGUGAUAAGUAUAUAAAUUUUAUGGUUGUUUCAU